CGGCUCGCUCGCAGUCACAGACGCUGGAGCACCCGCGUGCACCCGGACAUCUUCGGGCUGCUAUUGGAUUGACUCUGAGGGUUCUGGCUGUGUGGGUCGCCGGCACUGCGUGUUGGAAUCAGGUGGAGCGGCGCUUCCAGGCUGGACGAAGUAACGAUCACUGUUGUUUUAUUUCCCCCCUCUCUCUCUUUCUUAAGAAAGGAAAAUAUCCCAAGGACUAAUCCGAUCGGGGUUUCCUUCAUGAACGAAUGCAGGAACUUGGGAACUGAGCGGUGCAAGUGCUAAAGAAGGCCAUUUGUUGGAAGGAAACAGGAAGGAGAAAGCAAAGGAAGGAAAAAAUACAUAAUUUCAGGGACGAGAGAGAGAAGAAAAACGGGGACUAUGGGGAGAAAAAAGAUUCAGAUUACGAGGAUUAUGGAUGAACGUAACAGACAGGUGACAUUUACCAAGAGGAAAUUUGGGUUGAUGAAGAAGGCUUACGAGCUGAGCGUGCUGUGCGACUGUGAGAUCGCCCUGAUCAUCUUCAACAGCACCAACAAGCUGUUCCAGUACGCCAGCACCGACAUGGACAAGGUGCUGCUCAAGUACACGGAGUACAACGAGCCGCACGAGAGCCGGACGAACUCGGACAUCGUGGAGACGUUGAGAAAGAAGGGCCUUAAUGGCUGUGACAGCCCAGAUCCCGAUGCGGACGAUUCUGUAGGGCACAGCCCUGAAUCUGACGACAAGUACAGGAAAAUUAACGAAGAUAUUGAUCUAAUGAUCAGCAGGCAGAGAUUGUGUGCUGUUCCACCCCCCAACUUUGAGAUGCCAGUCUCCAUCCCAGUGUCCAGCCACAACAGCUUGGUGUAUAGCAACCCGGUCAGCUCACUGGGAAACCCCAACCUCUUGCCACUGGCCCACCCUUCUCUGCAGAGGAAUAGUAUGUCUCCUGGUGUGACACAUCGGCCUCCAAGUGCAGGUAACACAGGCGGUCUGAUGGGUGGAGACCUCACAUCCGGUGCAGGCACCAGUGCAGGGAACGGAUAUGGCAACCCCCGAAACUCACCAGGUCUGCUGGUCUCACCUGGGAACUUGAACAAGAAUAUGCAAGCGAAAUCUCCUCCCCCCAUGAACCUAGGAAUGAAUAAUCGUAAACCAGAUCUCCGAGUGCUUAUCCCUCCAGGCAGCAAGAGCGCGAUGCCGUCAGUGAAUCAAAGGAUAAAUAACUCCCAGUCUGCUCAGUCAUUGGCUACCCCGGUGGUUUCCGUGGCAACCCCUACUUUACCAGGACAAGGAAUGGGAGGAUAUCCAUCAGCCAUUUCCACAACAUAUGGUACCGAGUAUUCUCUGAGCAGCGCAGACCUGUCAUCUCUGUCUGGGUUUAACGCCGCCAGCGCUCUUCACCUAGGCUCCGUAACUGGCUGGCAACAGCAGCACCUACAUAACAUGCCACCGUCCGCCCUCAGUCAGUUGGGAGCUUGCACUAGCACUCAUUUAUCUCAGAGUUCAAAUCUCUCCCUGCCUUCUACUCAAAGCCUCAACAUCAAGUCAGAACCUGUUUCUCCUCCUAGAGACCGUACCACCACCCCUUCGAGAUACCCACCACACACGCGCCACGAGGCGGGGAGGUCUCCUGUUGACAGCUUGAGCAGCUGCAGCAGCUCGUACGACGGCAGCGACCGAGAGGAUCAUCGCAACGAAUUCCACUCCCCCAUUGGACUCACCAGACCUUCGCCGGACGAAAGAGAAAGCCCUUCGGUCAAACGCAUGCGACUCUCUGAAGGCUGGGCGACAUGAUCACAUAUUACUUACUAGUUUUUUUUUUUUCUUGCAGUGUGUGUGUGUGCUAUACCUUAAUGGGGAGGGGGGUCGAUAUGCAUUAUAUGUGCCGUGUGUGGAAAAAAAAAAAAGUCAGGUACUCUGUUUUGUAAAAGUACUUUUAAAUUGCCUCAGUGAUACAGUAUAAAGAUAAACAGAAAUGCUGAGAUAAGCUUAGCACUUGAGUUGUACAACAAAACACUUGUACAAAAUAGAUUUUAAGGCUAACUUCUUUUCACUGUUGUGCUCCUUUGCAAAAUGUAUGUUACAAUAGAUAGUGUCAUGUUGCAGGUUCAACGUUAUUUACAUGUAAAUAGACAAAAGGAAACAUUUGCCAAAAGCGGCAGAUCUUUACUGAAAGAGAGAGCAGCUGUUAUGCAACAUAUAGAAAAAAAAUGUAUAGAUGUUUGGACAGACCCGGCAGUGGGUGGCCAUUCGAAAAAGUUAGGAAGACGCCCCGUCACCUGACAUCUGAGCGCACUCACAAACCUGCAGGCAUGUCAUUGGCGUAUGGCACUCAUUGAAAAGGAUCAGAGACCAUUAAAAGAGGACCAUACCUAUUAAAAAAAAAAAAAAGCAAACAAAAUAUGUGGAGUUUGAGGGCUAACGUAUUUAAUUAAAUAAAUAAAUAAAUCUGGGUCUGCAUCUCUUAUUAAAUAAAAACUAUAAAAAUAUGUACAUUACAUUUUGCUUAUUUUCAUAUAAAAGGUAAGACAGAGUUUGCAAAGCAUUUGUGGCUUUUUGUAGUUUACUUAAGCCAAAAUGUGUUUUUUCCCCUCGAUAGCUUCGCUCAUAUUUUAAAAACAGUCCUGAAAAAACCAAAAAGGACUUUUUGUAUAGAAAGCACUACCCUAAGCCAUGAAGAUCUCCAUGCUUUGCUAACCAAGAUAACUGUUUUCUCUUUGUAGAAGUUUUGUUUUUGAAAUGUGUAUUUCUAAUUAUAUAAAAUAUUAAGAAUCUUUUAAAAAAAUCUGUGAAAUUAACAUGCUUGUGUAUAGCUUUCUAAUAUAUAUAAUAUUAUGGUCAUAGCAGAAGUUUUGUUACCUUAAUAGCGGGAGGGGGGUAUAUUUGUGCAAUUGCACAUUUGAGUAACUAUUUUCUUUCUGUUUUCUUUUCUCUGCAUACAUUUUAUAAGUUCAAGGUCAGCUGUCAAAAGGAUAACCUGUGGGGUUAGAACAUAUCACAUCGCAACACCCUAAAUUGUUUCUAAUACAUUAACAAUCUACCGGGUCAACUGACAUCCACUGUAUAUACGAAUUGGUUUCUUUCAUGCGAUUUUUUUGUUUUGUUUUUUGCAUUUUCAUCAAAUGCAGGGCCCCUUUCUGAUCUCAACAUUUCACCAUGCCUCUUGGAAUUCAGUAAGUGCACAUCCUAACUUGCCCAUUUCCCAAAUCAUGUGGUUGGUUGUCAGCCUAGAAUUUGACAUGCUUUUUUUAGAAAUAUACCCAGAAUAGAGAAGCCAUGUUGGGGUACGUGCCCUGCAAAUAGGACCCCAGAAACACGCGAUAUAGAGUUUACUCGGUGAGUGAGUUGCAAACUCCCACAGAAGACAAAUGUAAAAGCCGGGGUGCUAGACAGAAGGAAGCAGGGAGAGAAAGGGCUAGUUACUUCGUCAUCCGGUUUUAAUUAUUUUAACUGACCCUUAGCAAUCUUGUCAGCAAUAUAGGACUGUUUUUGAACAAUGCCAGUGUGUCAGACCCCCAAAUGUCACUUCUGCAUAAAGCAUGUAUGUCAUCUAUUUUUUUCUUCAAUAAAGAGAUUUAAUAGCCAUUUCAAGAAAUCCCAUUAAAGAACCUCUCUAUGUCCCUUUU